CAAUGAUUCCCUCCAAUGCUUUUCUCAUCCGCUUCAUGAUGGCCGUUGCCAUCAUGUUUGCUGCCAUCCAAGUCCAAGUCCUCGCCGAAUGCGAAUGCGGCUACAUGUUGAAAGAUGGAAUGAACAAGACUCUCGGCAUCUACACAGAUGCGUUUGAAUCCGAUUUCCAAACCCUCAAGAAUAUCACGGCCGAUUCCGAUUGGACCGUUCAGCAGUGGAACGUCUCCGCGAAAAUGUCCAAGGGCCCGUACGGACGUAUCCUCCAGGCACGGAAUGUGAUUUCAAAUCCACUGGUCGAAGAUAAGAACGGGAAUAAGACUUUGGGCAAGAAUGGCAACACUGCGGGUCUUGAGCUGUGGGUCCGACCUGGGUUGAUCGAAGACACUUACAUCAGUGGCUCCGAGAUUGACAGUAUCCGCCGGGAUAUGAAAUACGGAACCUUCCGGACCGGUAUGCAGGCCACGCCUGUCAACGGAACCUGUGCUGCUUUCUUUUGGUAUCUGAAUGAUACUCAAGAGAUCGACAUGGAGUUUUUGUCUCAACAGUUCGAGUCCAGGACGCCCAAAUACCCCCUCCACCUCGUUCUCCAUUCCACCCUGAGUCAGCGCUAUGGUGGUGACGCCAAGAAGACGGGAAACUACAAGGUGGUGAAUCUUCCUUUUCAUCCCUCGACAGGAUUUCACGAGUACCGCUUCGAUUGGUCUCCCGAGAAGGUCUCCUUUUAUGUGGAUGGAGUGUGGCUGCAUGACAUGAACGACACCCGUUACGUCCCCUCCGUUGCUGGAAAGAUGGUCUUGUCACACUGGUCGAACGGACAGCCAUUGUGGUCGGGUGGACCUCCGGAAGAGGAUGCAAAGAUUGUUGUGUCUUACGUCAAAGCCUACUUUAACUCAACAGAUCCAGUCCGGCAAUACGACCAUAGGUUGCGUUGCACGGGUCGUGAGGGUCCCGAAAUCUACUGUCCUAUCCCGGAACAGAAGGGUCCUCCACCGACUGGAGAUGUCUACUUCUUCUACAAGGAUGGCUAUAAAGCUAUUAACCAGAGCAUCUACGGCAAGUCAGUCAACGCCGCAAUGGUCUCGAAGCCACUCUCAUACACCUUCUGGAUUACCGUAAUCCUCUUGCUGGGUUUCUACUGGCUCUAG